AGUUCGUUUUGGGUCGCAGUCCAGAACCCCCGCUGAAACUUCGGAGGUGUGGGUUGGAAUCAACCGGUUGGGCGUUUUGUCCGGAAGGCCCGGGUGGAGAAAGAUUUAUUUAUUUAGGAUACCCCUCCGUGCAUUUCCUUUUCGCUCUGGAACUGCAUCGCCUGCUGUCCGCUGGUCAUAGCCCGUCUGGUCUGGCACACUACUAUGGUCGUCUUCAAGCUCCCGUUUAUGGGGAAACCCUUUGAACCCACCUGGACAUACCCGCAUAGCGAACCUUCUAAUAUUGCCGCAUGUCUAAAUUCUCGCGAGUGCAAUGGCGUGGCUCGACGAGGACGGGCACAGCGGAUUAGAACGCAUCGCAAUUCGUUGGAGGCGGAUAUGGCAAGAUAUGUGUCGCGAAAAUUGGCAGGCUCAUUGACAGACGAGCACGAAUUUGAUACCGCGGGUCUCGACAAGGUGUUUGCGGCGACUUGGUUAUCUGAUGAUCACGUUGUAAUGGGAACAAAAUGCAACGCGUUGGUCGUGUUGAAUGUUGGAAACGGGAAAAGAGUGCAAAUACCAUUGGUGGAAGCUCACGUACCUGGAUGGGGCUCUGAGCAAGCUGUCGGAGAAAAGGGUCUGAUGCAGCGGCAGGUGCUGCCAGAUUUGGGAACAGGAAUUCGAUGCAUGGCCGUCAAUCCGUCACGAACGUUGAUUGCUGUCGGGGUUGGAAGACCUCUUGGUUCGAUUGAAAUCUUCAAGUUGCCGUCAUUUGAACCUCUUGCAGUUCUCCAAGGGCACACUGAUAUGGUAUUUUCCGUGGCCUGGAUGAGUGAUAACGUUCUGGUCUCUGGAGCUCGCGAUAUGACCGUCAAAAAGUGGAUGAUUUGUUCCGAGAGUGGGACAGAGUUCCUCUCUCCGUUGAAUGGUCCGCGUAUAUCCCUUCUCUCCGCCACCGUUUCGGCUUGUGAACACCGAGGCAAAGUACGGGAUAUGCUCUACAAUACUGCAAAAAGCAACAUCGCCACUCUCUCUACGGAUGGUUUUGUCAAAAUUUGGGACGCCAACAAGUUUAAACCAUCCACUAAUGUGCCUUUGCGUUAUACCGAGGAGACUUGCUGUUUGGCGUUCGAUGAUAGUGAGCACAUUUACGCGAUCGGUUCCGCGAAUCAUGUUUCUCUUGUUGAUCCGCGAGCGGGCCAAGUUGUCCACACAUUCGAGAGCUGUGAUGAUGGAUGGGGCGUGCGAUCGCUGGCUUUCGACAAUGCAGUCCUUGCAGUAGGUGGUGGCAAGGGCAGAGUAUCAUUUUACGACAUGCGCGGUGGAAAAUAUCUUGCUUGGCCAAGCUCGCACAGAUCACAGUCGGCAUUGUCAACCCCAUCGUCUCCCUCACCCUUGUCUCGGUCUGCGUCCUCCCCUCUCUCGCCUGGAUAUGCGAGACGAUCUCGGAUCCGCCGUGGAUCAACUGCCAUCUUGGCUGGCAUCCCUUCUGACAUGACCGCCUGGUUGCAGACGGGUGAAGGGUGGCUUUUGCGCGAUGCAAUGUACGAAGCGCAUUUUCAGGGAGCGGAUGUUCGGAAUGCAAUAUAUACCCUCAAGUACAACCCAUCACGCUCCGGGUUGUUUGCGGCUGGUGGUCCGCUGCAACUUAACCUAAAGGGUUCGUUUGCUGGAAUGUGGUAAAGAAGUAGCGUUUGUGGACGUGCUUGCGGGGGCAUAAAGGGAAUUUGAUAGAUUAUUCUUUUUCUUAUUUUUUUGUAACUAGACUUUUUAGAUGUUGCUGUCGAUUGUUCUUUUUUUAUUUUUCAUUGAUAAAUACACUCUUCUUGACAAGAUU